AUGAAGGUUAUUCCACCCAAUUUUGGCUACGUGGAGGAGGGUAUCUUUCGCUGUGGUGCACCAGAGCCGCGCCAUUACGGCUUCCUCUCUUCACUGGGGCUUCGCACGUGCAUUCUGCUCACCGACAUCCACGACGAUGCCUUCGUACAGUGGCUGCAGGAGUCCGGCGUCACCAUUUUCUGCCCCCUCGCCAGCGAAUUACAGACGUGCGGUACAUUCCGUGGCGUGGCGCACGAGUACACACCCCUCCCCGCACCAGACGGUGUCGCUGGCGGUAACGCGGCAGCCGCCUCCUCCAGUAGACCUGCAAUCGUAGAUGGGAGCAAGAGCGGAAACGCUAAGGAGGUGGGCCGCGAGGGCACGACCCGCAACUCCAGAGGAGUUGACGGCAACUACACGCACUUUGAUUCACCCGGCAACGGAAACGCUCGCCAAGUCGAAGGCGAUGGCUGGACGGAUGGCAACGGUGAGGGCAUAGAGGAGGACCGCGGCUUCUCUACUGGGGGUCGAAGCUGGGUUGCCAUGUCCAGCGGCACCGCAACUGCGAGCACGUCGAAUGCUGUGCGCUUUCUGCAAGAAAACGUGGGCCAGCGUCAGAUGAGCCCCAAAUUAUCGCCAGUGCACAUGCCGGCGCCACUCUACUUCCCCAUCAAUGGGCUGCACUACAACGGCGGCGGCGAUAGCGGCGUUGAGGCGGCGGUGCCGUCCUACGAGGGCAAGCUACACGGCCUUAUGACCCUCUCCGAGGCGGUUGUCGUCAGCAUCUUGCACAUCCUGCUAGACCCGCUGUACUACCCGCUGCUCAUCACUUGCUCCAAGGGGCGCUACCGCUCCGGUAUUGUGUGUGGGUGUCUGCGCAAGUUGCAGGGAUGGAACCUCGUCUCCAUCCUUGAGGAGUACCGCCGCUUCGCUGGCAACAAGAGCCGCGCCGACAACGAGGAGUUCAUCGAGCUGUUCGACGAGGAACUGGUGAGUCUGGAGCUCUCUGAUGGUCGACGGCCCACUAUCCUUUACAAUUCGUGA